AGUUUGAUUAUGUGGAAUUUUGCUUCAAGAAAAUGUAUUCGCAAGAAGUUGCAAAAGAAUUGCUUACAAAGGUCAAAAGUACAAUGGACGAAUUAUUUUUGGAGUACAAAAAAAUGGCAGACACUCUUGGAAACACUUCUAGUGCACAAACUACUUUAACCCCACAAAGUAGUUUGAACACUUUAAGUGCUACUGUUGAUUCUAACACAAUCAGUGAAACCAGUACCAAGAAUGAAUUUAGGAAAUAUAAGAGUUCGACUGUUCGUGGAGGGCAAAAAUCAGAUUUGGACAAGUACAUCACCGAUGAGUUUGAUGAGGAUGAAGAUAGUUUUGAUAUUCUAGGAUGGUGGAAAAAGAAUGGCCACAGGAGCAUAUUGUAGCAUUCACGAGUUUGAAAGUGAAGUUUCUGAAUUGGACAAAUUAGAUGAAGAUUUGUCCAAACUCAAGUUGGAUCCAGUUAUUGAUGCUUAGAGAUGUGAAGACAUUGAGAUCUUGAUUUUUGGUAAUCCGGUUAUAAUCUGGUCGAUUUAGAAAUUAAGAAGACGUGGUUGUCGGUGAGUGGCUUGAAACCAAUGCCCAACCUCACAAGUUUGACACUUGACUUAGUGAGAUUGGAUGAUGAAGACCUCGACAAAAUUUGUGAGUGCUUUCCUGGAUUACAAGUUCUUAAUCUUAGAGUUGUAGGACAGCUCAAAGAUCCUCAAGUUCGUUUCUUGAACCUAAGAAGUUGUAAUUGGACUCUAGUAUGUGCUCCGAAUUCAGUGGCUGUUGUUGCCCCUAAACUUCAGAAACUGAAAAUCGAUUGCACAAGGCCGAAUCUUCUCGUCUUAAAUACCCCAGUUUUGGAAGAAAUGCACCUGUGUAUUCUAGAAUCCAACAGGUACAUGGUGGGAGAGCUCAAGUUGAAAUCCAUUUAUCUUGAAUCCAUGGAACUUCACAACCUGAUUCAGCGGGCAUUUCCUUAUGUGAACUCGGUUAGGAGUUUGACAUUGUGGGCUACGCAUUCAGUCGAACGCACUGGGACAUGCGUAUGUCUUGGUUCAUUGUCUAGAAACUUCCCAAAUCUUGAAACUCUAACGCUGUCGCCUAGAGUUUGGUCUGAACUGGAGGGGCAUCUCUGCCCAGGAUGUUUGGAAGUCAGGACUGACAAUAACCUGACAGAGUUGCAACGCAUCAUCGCGUAUCUGGUGUUGAACAAUGUCGAUACCACAUUGUCAUUCAUCACUGCAGUAGCGGGCAGCUGCCCGGGGCUGAAAGAGAUGGCGCUCUUGAUCCACCGAGACGUCGUCUCCAGCGUCUCACGCAACGUCAUUGCGAAAUGCGAAGCUUAUUGUCCAAGGAUCAGAUGGAGAUGGGGGAUGUGGAAAGAAGGGACCCAAGAUGUUUGGAUUUCUGACCAAUUAAAAUCAAGUUGACUCAUAGCCACACUCACCUAUGGAGAAAGAAGACGGAGAAGCUGGGAAGUGUUCAAAAUGUCUUUUAUGUUAAUUUUGUUUUUUUAUCAAUGUAGAUAAUGUUCAAUGUUUAGAAUUUAGAUACAAGCAUUUAAGAGGGGUGUAUUUAAUCUAGAGUCUAUAAAAUUAUUAUUUUUUGUAUUUUAAAGAGUAAAUUCUCAAAAUAGUCAUUUGUAUUCCCAAAUCAGUCUUUAAUAAGUUUUAAGUAUUUAUGUGGUCCUCUAUAAUUGAAAUUUAUUUCUAAGAUGGUUCUUCAUAAAUAAUGUUACUCAAAUGAGGAUUAAUUGAGAAUAUUUGAGGAUUGGCUCUCAAUCUUGUUCCCUCGUCUCUUAUACCACCGAAAUUUGGAUUCGUCUGAUCAAACAAAUCGGGUUUGUGGUCAUGGCAGAGAAAAUUGGUGAUUCAUAUCUGAAAAAGUGUUGCAAAGGUGAUUCCGCAAAGGUUAAGAGGAAGGUUGUAUUACGGGUGGUGCACGGUGCAAAGUGUGAAUUCCAGAUUUUGGAUCUAGAUACUGGUGAGUUCGUAAAAACUCCCUAUACCCUCAUAUGGAGUGGUGGAGCAGGUAGCAAUCUAAUGGUAGGAUCAAUAAUUUACACUGUUGGCAAGCCCCAAUAUAGAAAUUUAUGCAGAGAUGAAUACUCUGAGCUUUACAGCUUCGAAAACGAGAUAGUUGAAGUUCACGAGGGCCUAUCUUAUUUUGAUUUGACUAACCCUGAAAUGGGUUGGCAAAAAGGGCCUCUUUUCAAGGAGGAUGAGUAUACUCCAAAAUGUGUAGCCCUUUGUGGUAAGCUAUAUGUGUUUAGAGGUUCUGAAUGGUCUUGUUUUGGUGAGGUUUUUGAUCCUAAGCUUAAUAUGUGGGAACCCUUGCCAAAACCACCUCCUUUUUAUGGAAGGGUAUCAAGUUAUGAUGUAUCGCCUCCGCUUGUAGUUGAUCACUUGCGCGGUCGUAUCCUCGUGCAUUUUCUCCUCUCUACACCCGGCUGUUCAAUUUAUGCAUACUAUCCUGCUGAUGCUAGUUGGGAUUG